AUGUCUAGUCAACAGCAUCCUACCAACAUUCCAACGGCAAAUUCUUCCACUUCCGUACCGAUUUUAAUCAACCAAUAUCUUGCAUCCAUUGGGAAUGACGACGAAAUUGCUAGAACUUACGUGAAUGAUAUAAUUCAUUUACUUGAAACCAAAAAAUUGACCUUAUUGCAAUUGAUUCAAAAUCUAGGAUCUUCACUCACAUCAGAUAAUGAUUUAAUAAGAGCUAAAAGUAUUCAACUACUUAGUGAAACUGUUGGUGGUACUCAAUUAUCAAGACAAGAUAUCAAUGUUAUGAUUGAUUUUUUAUUGAAUAAAUUCAAUGAUAAAUUGAGUUUAUUAUAUUCUUUACAAGGGAUUAAUCUGUUGAUGUCUCAAAAGUAUUAUUUAUCAAGUAAUAAUGAGAAAAUAUUAAACAAAAUAUUGAAUGAUUAUGACACUGGAAAAAAUUUAGCCAAAGUAAGGCAUGAAGUUUUCCAAAUUUUAACGAAAAUAAAUGACAUUAAUGAAUUAUUCAUCAAGACCUUUUUACAUAUUGCAUCUGGAGAAAAAGAUCCAAGAAAUCUAUUACUUUCUUUCAAAUUGAAUGAGACAAUUAAUUCGACCUUUAAGUUUGAUAAAGAAAAUGAUACACAUACUACUUUCAUUCAGGAACUAUUUGAUGUUUGUUUUUGUUAUUUUCCUAUAAGUUUUUCACCUCCUUCAAAUGAUCCUUACAAAAUCACAUCAGAAGAAUUGAAGACGAAAUUAAGAAAAGUUAUUGCAUCACAAUCCUUAUUUGCCUACGAAUCUUUUCCAAAUUUGAUUGAAAAAUUAGCAUCAACCAAUCCAAUGAUACGAAAUGACACUUUGAAGACCAUCGUGUUAUGUAUCGAACAGUACGACUCGACUGCAAUUGAAGAGCACUGGUUGUCUUUAUGGAAUGCAUUGAAGUUCGAGAUACUUCAUAAUGAUGCUGCGGUUUUCAAACCUAUCGAUAGUAUCAUACCUGGAGAUUUUGAUGCGAUCGACGACAAUGAUGAGGAAAAGGUUUUAUUUUUAACUUUAAUUGCAUUUGAAAAUAUUAUUAAAAAAUUACCUGUCCCUAAUGUAAUGUUAGAUCAAGCAAUAGAGGAAUUAAAUUUAAAAGAAAAACCAAAACAAGCAAUUAUCAUUUUAGCAACAUUUGCAAGUACAUCAGUUGAAAAUUAUAAUUUAGUCAUUGAUUAUGUCUUAAAUAAAGUUUGGGGGAAAUAUUUGAAUAUUGAAACAAGAAAUGAAGAAGAGAAUGAAGAUAAGAAUGAGGAAAUUGCAUUGAAUAUUCAAAAACAAAGAGAAUUAGUAGAUAAUUUUGGAUUUUUAUUAGUUUCUCAUCCAAAUCAAGAAACUCAAUUACAAAAUUAUAAAGAUCAUUUAUUAAUAUUUUUCAGUCAAAUUUUGACGAAUUCAUCAAAUAUUGAAAAAACACUAAGAUGUAAAACUAUACAACAAUUGAUAAAUUUAAUAAAAAUUCCAAAUUUUUUAAGCAAAACAAAUAUUGAGUUAAUUUUGGACAUAUUUAAAAACAUUCUAUUUGAAUCGACACCAGGUGAUAUCGUGAUUAAGGAAAUCAUAAAUAAUUUGACUCCUUUAAUGGAAGAUUCUAAAGUUUCAAAUUUGGUCAUAGAAUUUAUUAUAAAUCCAAUAUUAAAUACCUUAAAUUAUGAUGACUUAUUGCAAUUCAAAAUUUCAUUAGCUGUACUUAGUGAAUUGUGUGUGAACUAUCAAGUACUUGAAGUAUUAUCAAUAAGAUUAUUUAAAUUCUCAAUUCUGGAUGAAUUUUUAGAAGUGACACUUGAGACUUUUUUAAAGUUGUUUAAUAAAGUUGAGAUUAUAAAUCAAUUUUUGACUAAUUCAUGGACCAAAAAUUUUAUUCCUAAACUAUUAAGACUCAUUGAAGAAAGAGAACAUAAUUUUGUAAUCAUCGAGUUAUUUAGUAAUUUACUUAGACAAAUUGUUAGAUUCAUAGAUGUGACUAAACACCAGUCACUUUUGAAUGAGUUUCAUGAAAAGUAUAAGUUAUAUGAAACUGAACCAACCGCAAAUAUUGUCAUUUUUACAAAAAUUUUAUCUGCUAUAGAUAAAUCAUGCAAAUUAAAUGUUGAUGGUGAUAUCAUUUCAACUAUACAAAGUCUAGACUCGAUAAGUGAUCAAUUUCUAAGAAUACAAUACCUUCAACAUAUGUGUUUACUUAUCAAUAAAUUUGAUAAUUUAUAUAACUUGUCUUUGAUUACCGAGGAUCUUAAGGCAUUUGAAAUAUACAUCUGGUCAUUGAGGGCAUUGCUUUCCAAAUUGGACAAGUCCGGUAUUAAAUUAUUACAAGAUCAAUUAAACUUAUAUAAAGAAACGAAAAACCCAAUUUUAAUCAAAUCAUUACCUAUUUUAUUUUAUGAAUUGUCCAUAUUUCAAAAUCCAUCAUUACCCAAGAAAUUGAUUUCAAAAGUUAACAAUUUAAAUGUCAAAUUAUUAUACAAACAACAAAUUUUUGAAAUAAUUUUACCUUAUUUGCUUGAAGAUUCAGAUACUGAAGAAUCAAUUUUAAACUACGAAAUACUAUCACAAAUAAUAUCAAACAUUUCAAAAAACAUCAUCAUCCCACAUUUAUCUGAAUUUUUACCCUUCAUUCUCAAAUCAUUUUCAAUCAAUCAAACCUCAAUCUAUAGAUCAUCAUUAAAAAUAUUGGAGAUUAUAAUAAUUGAAGACAAUUCUUUGAUUUUAACAAAUUUAAAAAUGAUAAUUUCAAAUUUAAUACUAAUCUCAACUUCAAACACUAAUGAAGAAGUCAAAAAAUUAAGUUUAAAUGAUCUUUUAUUAAUAUUUCAAAACUUUGAACUUGAAAUUGUUGAAAAGUAUAAAAAAUCCACAUUGAAAGAUUUAGAAAGUUGUUUGGAUGAUAAAAAGAGGAGCAUUAGAAAAUUAGCUAUUGAUUUAAGACAAUUUAUAUAUGAAUUAAAAUAA